AGUGAGCCAUGGAGAAGAAGACAGUGGCUAAUGGUUUCCAUGACCCCACAGUGACAGACAGUCAGUGGGGGGAGGGCCGAGUGGCACUGGUCACAGGAGGAGCUCGGAGAGUCGGGAGAGCCAUCGUGUUCGCUUUGCACAGGCGAGGUUUCAACGUGGUAGUGCAUUGCAACAAUUCGAGGACGGAGGCGCAGGCCGUUGCUGACGAACUAAACAGCGCCCGAGCGAACAGUGCACACGUGAUCUCCGGCGACCUGUCCUGGGGCCGCCUCGACCUCCUCGUCAACAACGCUCCCUUCUUCCCGACGCCGAUCGUGAAGCUUCCGGGGAACGGGGACGCGGCUCAUGAACACCAACGCCAUGUCUCCUUACUUCCUCGUGCAGGUGAAAAGCUCAAAAGCUCGGAGCAACGUUUCCACAUGCUCAGUCUGGUGCUGCGUGGAGGGGCAGGGUCUGCGUCCUCUCAUGUUACACACUUGAAGUUCCAGCCGAGAAAAAUAGAGAUCACGUACCCUCAUAACGCCUCCCCCGUGACCCUAGUGUGA